AUGAUCGACGCCGCGGUGGGUGUUGGCGGCAACGUUGUCGAGUCCGAGGCUCUGUUGGAGCCUGCGAGUGGGUCGGGACGCGAUCGUCGUCUCGCACGCAAAGCAUUACAAUGGUCCGGCGCGAUGCUGACGUUUGCGUCGUUCAUCGCGCUCGGCGUCGUUGCAAAGCGGCGCUGGGUUGGCGUUGAGCGCGCGAGCGCGGCGGCGUUGGGAGACACGCCUGGAACAGUGCGCGUGGAAUCGUUCGACACCGCGGCUUGUCAGUGGCGUCUUGAUCGUGCGCUUGACGAGAAUAUUCGGUGUAAUCCGGCUGGCACAGACGUCGUGGUAGUGCCCAAACUCAAAGCGGUGUACGUGGAUGUGACGAAGGCGGCGAGUGAAAGUAUACGAAGUCGUCUAUUAGAUGUCUACAACUCAAGCUGGACAAAUGAAGAAUACGCCAUGGACGAAGGGAACAACAUCGUUCGUUCGACUACUUCUUCGUUGUCGGAUGAAUUGUUGGAUUCAUACAAAUUCUUCACGUUUGUACGAAAUCCAAGUGAGCGUUUCGUCUCUGGCUAUCAGCAGGCUUUCUGUCGCUCUUUGUGUCAGGGAUGCAUGCAUGGAAAGACACCCACCCGGCCUCCGACGAUUGAGCAGACGAUCGAUUUGAUAGAAAUCAUGCGCGGUAGGGCGAAGCAUGACGACAGCUUUUGCUCGAAUCGUCUGGGGGCGCCGCAAGACCAGAGCUUUUUGAACAAUCCUUGGUUGGAUGAGCACUUACAAUCAACCGUAUCGAGGCUCAGUGGUGUAACUCGACGUGGCUCGCGCGUACCAAUGCACUUUAUAGGUCGAACUGAGUCGUUGGACGAAGAUUGGAACCGUCUUAUGGAUGAGCUCGGCGUCGAACCAAGUCACCCUGUUCGUGCUCCGCUCAAGCACGUCGAGCACGAGUGCGCGAUCUCCGAGCGCGAAAGACAUUUGAAAGCCCAACGUGACGUAUUCUUCUCUCACAUAGUCCGUGGUGAACGAGCUCCAGAAUCAGGCGAGCUUUAUGAACCAGUGGAAGUCAUUUACUCACGCGACAGAGCCGAGGUACACAUCCCGAAGCCGAGUACCGCAAACGGUGGUGCGUACUUUGAUAGAUUCAAAACGCUCUACGAGGACGAUUACCGAUGCCUCGAUUAUUAG